GUAUCAGAUUGUAGUUAAGUUAAUGUUGGCUUGUUUUGAAUUCCAUCCAUUUAUUGUGGUUUGUGAUUUUGAAUUUGCAGGAUAGUUAUGGGGGAUAUAUGGUUGCUUUUGCUGGGCAUAAAUAUGCUGCAAGGUCUACUGCGGCUUUUGUUGCCAAUAGUACCUACACUGUCACCAGCUUUACUCUUGUGCUUGAGUUCACCGAGGGCAGGCUGCAGCACCUGCAUUGGAAAAGGGAUGGGUGCGUCAAAUGUUCUGGGAGCUCCAGGUUCGUUUUCCUGCACAAUCGGGACUGUGCAAUCAAGACAAACAGCUGCAAAACCCAUGGAGGCACUGUGGAUUGCAGUCUCAGGAUCCAAUUGGCAUUUUCUGGGACGGAUAAGCACCUAUCCAUUCUGAACUCAUGGUUGCUUUUCAUAUAUCCAGUGCAAGGAUUAGCUGGAGACAACUAAGAAGGAUCGACAGAUAAACGAUUGGGUUUUUGUAUUUCUGGGUCUGGUAAGAAGUUGCCAGUAGUUUGAUUUUUCUUUUUGCUCAUAUAACUUACACUCUCUAUGUUUGUGUUCUUUUGUAUUGUCAC